AGGAGCGCAGAGCAGGAACAGAGAGUCACAGUCAAAACAGGAGGAGGAAGACGCGCCGAAAGGUUCAGAACCGAGAGAAACGAGGAGAAAGAACAAUGAGAGGGCGAACAGGCGAGGAGAGGUGAAGACAUCAUUUCACCGAGGACUGCUGCUGCGCGUUUUGGACACACAAGAGGACCCAAACGGCGCUGAGAGGCGCCUGGAGAAGUCACUUCCUUCAUGAACCCACGUGCUGCUGAUCUCCUGCUGCUGCUGCUGCCUCAAGAUGGCAGGAGAUGAUCACAGAUAACUGAGGGAAAAGUCUCACUUCAAGACAGAAAACUCUUUGCAACUCUGCAACUGAAAUCUUGUACAGAAAACAGUCCCACACUUUUUUUUUCAGUUGGUAAAUAAACUAUCAAAACACGAACAAUGGCAGACUACACCCCCACCCCAACGCAAGAGGCGACUAAUGGCGGCCCUCCAUCUGCAAAGACCAAAGACUCUGAGGAGUCCAUGAAGCUGAAGAAGGAGAUCUCCCUCCUGAACGGGGUCUGCCUGAUCGUGGGCAACAUGAUCGGCUCGGGGAUCUUCGUCUCGCCAAAGGGCGUCCUCAUCCACAGCGCCUCCUACGGCCUCUCUCUGGUGGUGUGGACCAUCGGUGGGAUCUUCUCUGUGUUCGGGGCCCUGUGCUACGCCGAGCUGGGGACCACCAUCACCAAGUCGGGGGCCUCCUACGCUUACAUCCUGGAGGCCUUCGGGGGUUUCCUGGCCUUCAUCCGUCUGUGGACGUCGCUGCUGAUCAUCGAGCCGACCAGCCAGGCCGUCAUAGCCAUCACGUUCUCCAACUACAUGGUGCAGCCCAUUUUCCCCACCUGUAUAGCUCCAUACGUGGCCAACAGGCUGCUGGCUGCUGCUUGCAUAUGCCUGCUGACCUUUGUGAACUGUGCCUAUGUGAAGUGGGGCACCAGGGUCCAGGACUUCUUUACCUAUGCCAAAGUCAUCGCUCUCAUUGCUGUCAUCAUCACUGGCCUGGUGAAGAUCGGACAAGGUCACACUCAGAACUUCGAGGGCCUCUUCGAUGGCUCGUCUCAGGACCCGGGGGGCAUUGCUCUGGCUCUGUACUCGGCUCUGUUCUCCUACUCUGGAUGGGACACCCUCAACUUUGUCACAGAGGAGAUCAAAAACCCAGAGAGGAACCUGCCACUGGCUAUCGCUAUCUCCAUGCCCAUAGUGACCGUGAUCUACAUUCUGACCAACGUGGCGUACUACACCAUCCUCCCCAUGAAUGCAAUCUUAGACAGUGAUGCUGUAGCUGUGACAUUUGCAGACAAGGUGUUCGGCGUGAUGAACUGGACUAUUCCCCUCGCUGUGGCUCUUUCCUGCUUCGGAGGACUCAACGCCUCCAUCCUGGCCUCCUCCAGGCUGUUCUUCGUGGGCUCCAGAGAGGGCCACCUGCCCGACUACCUGUGCAUGAUCCAUGUCCAACGCUACACCCCCAUCCCCGCCCUGCUCUUCAACGGCAUCAUGGCUCUGAUAUACCUGUGUGUAGAAGAUGUCUUCAGGUUGAUAAACUACUACAGCUUCAGCUACUGGUUCUUUGUGGGUCUGUCCAUUUUGGGGCAGCUGUAUCUGCGCUGGAAGCAGCCGGAUAGAAAGAGACCCCUGAAGCUCAGUCUCUUCUACCCCAUCAUUUUCUGUCUCCUCACCGUCUUCCUGGUGGUUGUGCCGCUCUACAGCGACACCGUCAACUCCCUGAUCGGCAUCGCCAUCGCCCUGUCAGGAGUGCCCGUCUACUUCCUCUGCUGCUACACUCCGGCCCACAAGAGGCCGCUGUGGCUACGCCGCUUCAUCGCUCAGUCUGGCGUGCUGAUUCAGAAGGUGUGCUACUCUGUUCUGACUGAAAUGGAUGUUGAGGACAAGGAAGAGUAGAGACGUUUGAUUUUAACACCCUGCCGGAGACUGACGACGCACAAACAUGGAGGCUCUACCCGAACUUAUCAUGGCCAGUCGCUAACCGCCGCGCAGCCUCGAUGGACGAACAUCUGGGCUUGAGCUGGACCCAGCUCUCUGACCUGUCAGUCAUCGCCCGGUGAUAAUGUUAAUGUAUGACGGUGCCCGGGCGCUUGAUGGCAAGAUUUCACUCUAGCUGACUGUGACUUCAGAGAGAACAUUUUAAUGCACUCCUGAAGAAAUCUACUCCUGUUUCUAUCAGAAAACAGUAGAGAAUUAUUUAAUUAAUAUAUCAAGACAAGUUUUUCUUUGUGUGAAAUUACAUAUAUGUAUUUUUGAUCAUACUGGAAGGUGGCAAAUUAAUAUGGUUCAAAUGUUUAAGCGGAACGGAGAAUAUCCUUGAAACUGAAAGCACUGCUGACCAUAGAAACAGCCUUGGUAUUACUAUUAAUAUCAUUUGCAAAAAGAAGAACCAGCAUUAAAAUAGAUUUGAUUACGUCACUCCACGUUCACCGCGGAGGAAAAAGUUCAAAUAAAGUUUUAUACUGUCAUCUUUGAGGUCUAGAGAAGUAAAGGGCUAUUUUUACACAAAGUAACUCAUUUUUUUUCAGAAGUGUCUGAUUCAAACACGAGCUGUUAAAUGUAACUUUGAGACAGUUGAGCUGCAAACAUGUAUUUAUAAUAAAAAAUUACUUAUGGAUAACAUAAA